CUUGGUGGGUGUGGCGGGAAGUAGAUGAAAGGACUCGGGGCAGGGCCGAGUGGCGCUUCCCUCAAGAGCGGAAGGGUGAAACCAUCGAGAGGGAGGGCCAGAGAGUCAUGGAGGUUUUGAAAAUGCCUCAAGGCCUAUAAUGUUCAGUGUUUUCCUUUCAAGAUGCCUCUCUCAGACUUUGUUCUGGCCCUGAAGGACAAUCCCUACUUUGGGGCUGGAUUUGGGCUGGUGGGUGUGGGCACAGCCCUGGCCCUGGCUCGGAAGGGCCUCCAACUGGGCCUGGUGGCCUUCCGGCGCCAUUACAUGAUCACAUUGGAAGUCCCUGCUCGAGACCGAAGCUAUGCCUGGUUGCUUAGCUGGCUCACCCGCCACAGUACCCGUACUCAGCAUCUCAGUGUGGAGACUUCAUACCUUCAGCAUGAGAGUGGCCGCAUCUCCACCAAGUUUGAAUUUGUCCCCAGCCCUGGAAACCACUUUAUUUGGUAUCAAGGGAAAUGGAUCCGAGUGGUUCGGAGCCGAGAGAUGCAGAUGAUAGACCUGCAGACGGGAACUCCUUGGGAGUCUGUCACCUUCACGGCUCUGGGCACUGACCGAAAGGUUUUCUUCAACAUCCUGGAGGAAGCUCGAGAGCUAGCCUUGCAGCAGGAGGAAGGGAAGACAGUGAUGUACACAGCUGUGGGUUCUGAAUGGCGUCCCUUUGGCUAUCCACGUCGCCGGCGUCCACUGAGUUCUGUGGUUCUAGAACAGGGUCUGGCUGACCGAAUUGUCAGAGACAUCCAGGAAUUCAUCGACAACCCCAAGUGGUACACUGACAGAGGCAUUCCCUACAGACGUGGCUACCUGCUUUAUGGGCCCCCUGGUUGCGGAAAGAGCAGUUUCAUCACAGCCCUGGCUGGGGAACUGCAGCACAGCAUCUGCCUGCUGAGCCUCACAGACUCCAGCCUCUCUGAUGACCGGCUCAACCACCUGCUGAGCGUGGCCCCACAGCAGAGCUUGGUGCUCCUGGAGGAUGUGGAUGCUGCCUUUCUCAGUCGAGACCUGGCUGCGGAGAACCCUGUGAAGUACCAAGGUCUAGGUCGUCUCACCUUCAGUGGACUGCUCAACGCCUUGGAUGGUGUGGCUUCCACUGAGGCACGCAUCGUGUUCAUGACCACCAACCACGUUGACAGGCUCGACCCUGCCCUGAUACGCCCUGGGCGAGUAGACCUGAAGGAGUAUGUGGGCCACUGCUCACACUGGCAGCUGACCCAGAUGUUCCAGAGGUUCUAUCCAGGGGAAGCACCUUCCCUGGCCAAGACCUUUGCAGACCGUGUCCUUCAAGCUACAACUCAGAUCAGUCCUGCCCAGGUGCAGGGCUACUUCAUGCUAUAUAAAAAUGACCCUGCAGGGGCAAUUCAUAAUGCUGAGUCUCUGAAGAGGUGACAACCAGGCUGUGCUCAACUUUCCCCAAUAAACACCUGCCAUUCUA